GACAGUAAGUGGUCCAGUAAGGUUAUAAAUAGUUGUCAUCCUCUGACACUUUUACGUCUUUGUGAAAAUAUUUUUGUCUCAUAGUACAGCCUUCUUUCUUAAAUUUGCCUUAAAUUAAUAAUAAACUCCAGUCGCCCAUCUCAGUCGAAAUCAAGUGGGUGUCCUAUCGAUUGACCAGUCAAUCAGUUGGCAAAUGCCCAGAACGACGAUAUUGCGGAAGUGAAGUUUGGCCCCCAGCCACAGUACCCAAUUAGCGUGUCCAUUUUUUUUACUAAUAAUAGCCAACAUUGCUGUGUCAUGUACUCGCAUCCUUUGGGGAAAAUUCCACCUCUACCAGUUGGCUUUGAGAACGAACUGAAAAAUAAGUUGCGAUUAAAACAGAAGAUGGAUGAUUCAGCAGACGUGGAAAUGUCGCCAGAACCGCCGACAUCUUCGCAAAUAGUUGCUGAAUGGCUUGAGGCGUUUGAAAGAAAUGCAUUUUCGCCGAUACUGAUCAGCAAAUACUGGGCUCAUUGGGUGCCGAAAAUUUACAGCCCCACGUUGAAUGAUAACUGCCUCAACUGGCAGUUCAACGAAAUGCUCGCUAAAGAGAUACUGUUCAAUCCUCUGGAACAGUUCAUCUGCAAUGGGGAAAAUCAAGGGGCUUUGGAACAGAUAUGCCACGCGACGAAACACGCCUCGGUUUGUGGACGAUUCUUCAAAAGUGGUGAACCGACGUAUUCUUGUAGGGAAUGUGGAACGGACAAAACAUGUGUGCUUUGCGUAGAAUGUUUUAAGCAGUCAAGUCAUAGGUUUCACAAAUAUCGAAUGGGAACUUCGGCAGGUGGAGGCUGCUGUGACUGUGGCGAUAUCGAGGCCUGGAAAAGGGAACCUUUUUGCGAAUCACAUCAAGUCAAUACUUCUGAGGAGGAUAAUCAAUGUGACCUGGCUUCCGAUGUCGUUGAAAGAACUAAGCAAGUGUUCCACUAUGUGAUGUGGUAUGCGUUUAAUCGACUCACGACCAAUGAGGUCGACGCCAUUCGGCUGGAUAAUACCUUCGGCGACUUGGAAGCCGAUAUAUUUGACCUGGAUGUUUACUGCACGAUUUUAUACAACGAUGAAGCACAUACAUUUGACCAGGUUAUCAACACUUUGAGCAGAGUGCUCAAAUGCACUCAACGCAACUCGACAGAAUUUGUUACGAACAUCGACCGCGAAGGCAGAGCGGUUGUAAAAUGUUCGACAUUUCAGGUUUGUGAAGAUCUCAAGCACGAAAUCGAAAAAUACACUUCGCGACACGGCAGCAAGCCGCUGAAGGUAUUAAUCACUCAUGCUCACAUCAUUGCCCAUCAAAUCUUCGCUCAGAAGCUAAUGAUAUGGCUGGAGAAGUUUUUGGGUAAUGGUAAAGGAUUCCGUUCGGUAUUCACAGAGUGCAUUCUAAAGUCGCGCGACAAUCAGAAACAAUCUGAUUUGCUCACUCAAAUCAUGAUACACGAUUCGUCAUUAUGGAAAAGCAUCAGAACUCAGUGGCAUCGUUUGCUCAUUGCUGGCAUGCUUCUGGAGUACGACAACAAGAAAGCGCUGGCAAAGGUUUUUACCAAAAACUAUGCUCAAAUUAUGAAGGACUUCAUCAGGGAUGAUCACGAGCAUUCAUAUUCGAUCUCGUCGAUAUCAGUUCAAUUGUUCACGGUGCCGACUUUAGCCCAUCAUCUAAUAGCCAACGAUGAUGUUCUUUACAUUCUACUCAGCACGAUUCUAUCGGAAUAUCGACCCAGGUGCAACAAAAAUGGCAAGCUCGAAUUCGAGCGAAAUCCUUCCUAUCACCCAUUUAAACGCACAUUGUUCAUGCUGUUCGACCUCAAGUACCUGUUAACUUCCGUACCAGAGACUUGGAACGACGAUUUGAAAAAAUGCUUUUUACAUGGCUUUUGCGUCCUGGUCAAUCUCCUAGUGAUGAUGCAAGGAAUGGAUUCCGUGACCAGACAAGUCGGAAUGCACAUGGAAUACGAACCAGAAUGGGAAUCCGGCUUCAAUUUGCACAUCAAAGUGGCAAGAUCCAUAACGCACAUUAUAGCAUGGUGUGCCACCGAUAAAGUGGUUUUGGUGAAAGCCUAUCGCUUGCUAUUGAGAAGCUUGCAAGAAAACCCUUGUUACGAUCCACUGGAGGCCGGCAAGGCGCGCGAAUUGGCCGACCACAGCACCGCUUGUCUGCACUACGAUGUUUCUUCCAAGCCAAUAUCCAUUCACCUGCCGGUUACAAGGCUGUUGGCCGCCUUGCAUUUACAUUUGGAGAAAUACGGCCUACAUUUUGAUAGUCCCGAAUUUCAGCUGGCAAAACCCACGCCAGUGCAGAUAAUCGAGCCGGUUCUGCGGACGCAGGUGAUGAUUGCACAGGUCCACACGGGAAUGUGGCGAAGAAACGGAUACGCUCUCUUGAACACGCUGUAUUUCUAUCACAAUGUGAAAUGCCGCACUGAAAUGCUGGACCGUGACAUAACGCUGCUGCAAAUCGGCGCCUCGUUGAUUGAGAGCAACGAGUUUCUGAUCCACUUACUGAAUAAGUUCAAUCUGAUUAGUUGGGCAUUGGAAGCAUUCGAAAUCAACACCCUGAAGUCUUCUGAGGAGGACAGCAUGCGACAAGUCAUCAACUUAGUGGAAGAAUUCUUGUAUCUUCUCAUAGCGAUCAUCGGCGAAAGGCACAUGCCAGGAGUGAGCCACGUUACGACUAAAGAGAGAAUCAAAAAAGACAUUUUGCAUGCACUGUGCAUUAAGCAAGCUCCGCAUUCUGAGCUGGUCAAGUGCAUUUCAGAUGACCUGGAAGAUGAGGAAGGAUUAUUUGAUGAAGUAGUUCAGGAAAUCGCUAAGUUCAACGAACCUCUGCGAACAAGUACUGCCAAAGGUACUUACGAAUUGCUGCCGGGCAACUUUGACGAAUUCAAUGUCUUCUUCUACCACUACACUAGGGAAGAAAUGUCAAAGGCCGAGGAGACCCAGAGGAAACGCCGCAAAGACAAAGGCGAAAUCGAAUGUUGCCCGCCUCCGCAACUCCCAAAACUCUGCGAGUCUUUCUCGCUGUUGGUCAACCUGCUGCAAUGUGAUGUGAUGCUUCGCAUCAUGAAAACCGUCAUGGAGCGAUGCCAAAAUUUGCGAGCUCGUAGUUUUUCAGAAAAUCAGCUGCACAAAGUUCUGCAUCUGAUCGGUUACGGCCUACAAGAAGAAGAAUCGGGCAAUUAUCCGUUCUUCAAGUUUGUGGAAAAUGCGAGCAAAGCGGGAAUCUUCGAUCUGAUGGAGGAGCUGCUGAAGUCUUGCCCUAGAGUUGACGCACAUAGAGGACUGCUCCAGUGGACUUUGCAGAAAUAUCAGCAAGUGGCUAAAAAGGAAAUGGUUCAAAUUGAUGUGGAGAAACCGGCGGGAAGCAGUGAGAAUAAGGACGAUUCCGAUAAACAGAGGCGAGCGCGACUCGCAGCUGAAAAACGGGCAAAGAUAAUGGCCCAAAUGGCGGUCCAGCAGAAGAACUUUCUCAAGGAAAACGCCCAAAUGUUCGAAAACAUCAACAUGGAAUACCAGCCGGAGAAACUCAGCGAAAGCAGCUGCGAGAUGGACGUGACUGAGCUCCAAACGGUGGCUCUUGGGCCGAAUCGCUCGGCGUGUAUCAGCUCUGAAAAAACCUACACUUGCAUUCUUUGUCAGGAAGAGGAGCGCAUUACAGCGGGCGGUCCUACAAUGGUAUUGGCGGCCUUUGUCCACCAAGCCACCGUGUUGAACAAGUACCCGAAGGAGUAUUUUAGCAACUUGCACUCUGAAAAUAACAACCCCCUGUUUUUGGCGGAGAGCUUCAGCCCCGCUCCAUAUACAAGCACAUGCGGCCACGUGAUGCACAGUGAAUGUUGGCGAAAGUUCUUCGACAACGUAAUGGUUAAGGAGCAUCGGCGACCUUAUCGGCUGCGCCAUCCCUCUAGCUUCGAUGUGGACAAGCAGGAAUUUCUGUGCCCUUUAUGCGAAUGUCUGAGUAAUACUGUGCUGCCAGUCGUGCCGCCUUUGACAAAACUACAGCCCAAUGUAACAGCGAAGCCGGUGCCGUUUCAAGAAUUUCUCUCCUGUCUGAAAUACAUCACAUCCAAAAGGCGCAAAGUUUGUCAUGGAAUAUUUAAAUGCAUUCUGGACGAAUGCAGUAACUUGCACUGCACUGCCUGCAUAGACGCCUCAAGUGGCACCAGCACAGAACAGGACAACAUGGACGAAUGCGAAGUGAACUGCAUUCUGCAGCCACAUCAAGUGUUCUACUCGACGUCUGUGGAUAAAUCUGAUCCCUGCCUAAGUCGGGGCUUUGCGGAUUUGUUCAAAGAGUGCGGGGUUGAUCUGAACCCGCAACUACAGGAAAUGGUUCUGGUGUUCGCGCAAGUUACUUACACCAGAGGUCUCAACGUGGCACCUCAUCCCUCUGACAAGCGGCUGGCUCCAAUGGCUUGGAAGUCUUUGGCCUAUACAACGCGGGCCAUAGAAACAGUCACCAGCUACCAAGGAAAACCUCUUUUGGGGUACUUAACCAGCAGACAGCGCGAUUCAUUGGAAAACCUAGUGAAAGUGGUCGCAGUACUGGGCAGCACUUGGUCGAGAAGCCAAGUGAUCAAAAGCCACACAUUGAACCUGAUCAGCGUGAUCUUUGAACAUCCGGCAGAUGAAGCAUCCAUUCUAGACUUUGAUCCCUUCGGAUUCUUGAUUGCGUUAACACUAUCAAUGCCUAGUUUGCUCAUUCGGAAUGAGCAAAUGCCCAUCCCGAUGGGAGGAAUUUUGGAAUGGCACAUCUUGAGAUUGAUGUUUAUUGUGAAUAUAGUGAAAACUCUCCUUACCGUUGAUUCCGAUGUGCUAACGGGAGAUAACGGCGAAUCUGCAACCAGUGACGAAGUUCUCGUUAAUCUUUUAGUGGCAGUAGGCAAAUGGACGCCAGACGGAAAGAUUUGCUCAGUCAAAGCAUGGGAAACCAUCAAAGAACUAUCCAAGCCUUUCUUGAGAAGUUCCGUGUUGUUUUACCACUACCUAACUGAAGUACCUGCCCCCAAUAAUAUGCAGGAAUUAGACGGUGAUACUUUCGAAAACAUGUGCAUAUACUUGAACCUGCCAAGCAAUCCGCACGAAUUAUUCGACAAUGAAAUAAUCCAUCAACUAGUUCAGAAGUGGACAGUUCAUCCGCAUGUAAUGCAGUUUCAGGAAGACAGAAAAUCCAGACCACUACUAAGACAGCCCGAAACUUUGAAACUAAUUGAUUUGCCUUAUGACUAUAUUGAGCUGCUGAACGCCGUCUCAUCAUUUGUCUGUCCAAACAGUGACGAAGAAUGCCGGAAUCCUACAAUGUGCCUCGUAUGCGGCACGAUUUUAUGCUCGCAAAGUUACUGUUGUCAAACUGAGUACAACAAAAUACCUGUCGGGGCUUGCAACCGACAUGCAGCCGCCUGUGGGGCUGGAGUAGGCAUAUUUUUGAGAAUACGAGAUUGUGAGCUGCUGCUUCUAGCCACUCCGCACAGGGGCUGCUUUAUGUCGCCUCCCUACCUGGAUGAGCAUGGCGAAACCGAUCAAGGAUUGCGCAGAGGAAAUCCUUUGAAACUGAACCUGGAACGAUACGAAAAACUCCACAUGCUAUGGCUCAAUCACAGUAUACACGAGGAAAUUGCCAGGCAAAUCGAGACUAGCAAUCACAUAGUCACCACUCAAUGGAAUAUGUUGUAGAUAGUCAUUAAAUUGUAUAGUAUGUUGGAAGUGUUCUUUUUAGUUGACUUUAUUUUAGGAAACAGCUUUACUGAGUUGUAACAUUACGAAGCGAAUGAUGAUGAUGAAAUUGUGGACUCGAUAGUUGAGAAACGUGUAUCUCACUUUAUACUCUUGUUUUUCCUAUAAAAUUAGUCUUGUAUAUACCGGCAAAGCAAAUGUUUUGUUGAUGCAAUGUUUCCAAUUUUUAUUACAGUAUUGUAAACCCUUUAUUUCUUUUCUGGCAUUCUAAAGCAACUGAUUGUACAAGUGCGUCCUUUUUAUUUAGGUUGAAAAAUGUUAUUCAACUCUGUUGAAUCUUAAUCAGGAUACGUAAAUGUUACAAAACUCUGGCAAACACUGCAUGAAUAAAUACGAAUAUAAACCUCAAUCUGUUUUUUGCAACUUUUGUUAUAGAAUUAAAUCUGUGUUAAAGUU